AGCACGACAGGAGCUCGAGAACUCGCUCGGCGCCGAACCGCGUACAACCUACAGGGACUGGAGCUGAACCGAGGAGACUGCUGCUCCAUCAAAUAACGCAGUUUGUUUGUGUACAGUUCGCGUUCGAAAAGUACGUUAUCUGCUUGUGCGCUGUGCGUACAUCCGCGACGCAGUCUGAGCGUCACCGACAAGCCGAGAUUGAGAGUUUGAGGCCAUCGGCAGUGGUGCAGGCGACGCUAACUGAUGGGCUCGCUACUUGGAAUGAGUACCGGCAUCUUUCAAAGUGCUUUGAAAGCGACGGAGGCUGAAACGUCAAAAGGCAGGUGAGGUUUGGCGGCGAGUGAAGAGGAGAAGGAGGAGGAGGAGCAGGCGGUGGCAAGGGGCUAGGUAAUUGGCCCCUUGCUGCUGGCGGUCUUCGUCUCCGGGUGAUAUGGAGGAAAUGCUAGGCACAGGCCCUGCGAACAAUGAGUCGCCCGGAGAGGCGGACAAAGAAGGGCAGAGCACCGCCGAUAGACGGGAUCCUGUCGGGUGCGCGAAGCAAAUUGACAGCGCGGAUUGCGGAGGUUUAAGAGAAGGCCCCGACCCUCUUUUACAGCUUAGCCUCCAUUCAGCAGGAGGUGUGCAGCCCGCUGGCUUGUCGACAGAGCCGACUGAGACGGAGCAGGGGAAAGGGAACGUACUGGGCAACAGUGAAAAGACAACAGCAGCAGCGGUACAGUUACUGGAGCUGCGGAGACUUAACGAUUUGGACCGGCAGGCAGCCGGCGACUGUCUUUUAAACGGUUCUCCGUCACUUCGAGCCCAGUCCCAGAAAGUUUGCGCUGCUCUGUCAGAACUUGCUCGCUCACCGGGUUUCGCCCCUGCCAACAAGACCAGAACAUGUUUGUUCACCGGGUCCUUGGAGUGUGAUUCGAUAACGGGCGACAAAGGGGAUGCAGCACUGCGUGAAAACGGUGGCACUGCCAAGAUUGAUUUGGAGCUCAGCAACGGAUUAUCCCCAGAAUCGGAGGAACCAUCGGACGGUAACAACGACCAAAGUACUUCAUCUUCAGCGACUAGCAAGGAGGACUUGAGUUACGAGUUGCAACAGGGCUAUCGAAUUUUGGCCGGAUUUUUAUUGGAAAAACACCGCAGCAUUGCCGCUCCUUUCAUGAAUCCAUCCGACGACUACGAGGUCUCUGCUAGCCGAAUCAAGGAGCCCAUGUGGCUGCGGAAAAUGGAAGAAAAGUUCGUGCGGAGACAAUACGUGAGCAUCACUGACUUCGUGGGGGACUUCAGGCUAAUGCUGGAGAACUGCUACCGCCUUCACGGGGUCGACCACUGGCUCUCCAAGCAGGCACAGAAGUUGGAGAUGAUGUUGGAACAGAAACUAACACUCCUGUCACGGCCUCUAAGGGAGAAAACCACUCUUGCUGUGACUUCAAAAGGUCACUAUGGAUUAGAAGAUGAAAAGGGGUCUUUGAGUAUUUCAACACGACGUCGUUCUGCUCCUAGAAACCUUGGUGUAGUAGCUACGGGGGUCAGUGAAUCUCUCAUGGUUCAGGCUUUGAGAAUAGAGGAGCAGCAAAGAGCAAGAGAAGAAAGACGGCAAAGAGAACAAGAGAAAAAGGAGGCUGAGGAGGCCAGUGCCAAGGAGCUGGAGGAAUGGGAACGCAGCCUACUGGCUCAGGCCUGUCCACAUCCAAUGGAAACACUGUGGGAGAUUCCUGCUAUUGGUCACUUUCUUUGCCUAGCACAGCAGGCACUUAAUCUACCUGAAAUCAUCUUCUAUGAGCUGGAGCGCUGCCUUUUCAUGCCACGGUGCAGUGUUUUCUUAGCUAAAAUAAUAACUUCUCUUUUGAGUCACCCGCAGAGAAGAGGCACUUUGCACAGAAGACCACCUUUGUCCUAUAGGCAAUGGGAGGCAGCACUACAGCAGAAAGUACAUGAAUGGUAUGUUUUUGUUGCAAAUGCUAGGGACCGAAUAGCCUGUGCUGAGCAGCUAGGACUUUGUCCACAGUUUUUCCGUGUUUUAGGUGAAUCCAGCCCACUUGAUGAGCAACCCUUCCACUUAUUACCUUUCUACCAGAAAGUGUGGAUACUUAAAGCACUCUGUGAUUGGGUGUAUGAGACACAGAAGGAUGUUCAGGAUGCAGUGCUAGGCCAGCCCAUUCAUGAGUGCCGGGAGUCAAUUUUGGGCUACGAUGCACGAGAGAAUGCUUAUAUUCACUUUCCUCAUUUCUGUGGAGCAGAUCUGCGAAUUUAUUGUCAGAGUCCUUGUGCCUCCCCAAACUUUCCACUACCACCUAUUCGCAUUAGAAAACAUGAAGCUAACAGACAAGCACAUAAUUUUUCCUGUGAUUCCUUUUCUCAAACCGUGACAAAGCAACUUGAGAACAGCUAUGAUGAGACAGUUGCCAGCUCCAGGAUAGAUAAAUCGAAUGAUGGAGAUAGCAAGUCUGUAAGUUCAGAAUUUGUGGAAGAUGUGUGUGUAUCAGUUCUCAAGGAAGAACAGCCUAAUUCAGAUUUGCAAUCUCUGGAAACCAAGCAUCUAGAGAAUAAUUGGGGUGAACAUAGGGCUGUUUCUGUUGAUGAUGAUGAUGAUAUUUGUCCAGAUAAAAAAAACAGAAGUUUAUGCGAAAAGUUAUCAGAUUUGAGCACUGUGAAUUCAGACCAUGAAUUCUUUAUAACAAAAAAAGCUAAAUCUGAAUAUGGUAGUACUGUUGACUCAGUGCACCGGCUGAAUGUAAAGGAGGAAAAGGAAUGUGAUGUAUUGCCAAGUUGGGAAAAUUCUGUGAAACGCGAUUAUAAAUUGCACUGUAUAUCGAUAUCCGAACUGGUACUGCGACAGCUGAAAGACAAUUGUGAGUCUGAGAAAAGAGGGACAGUCUUAUCUUGCACAAAAAAGUUGGAGAAGCCUCCAAGCCCUGGGGAAAUUUUGGGGUUGGGGGCUCCUCUUAGUCCAGGAGAAGUCCGUAUCUUAGAUAAUGACACAUCCCCAGGAGCACAAGGGCCAUGUCCAUCUUGUAGCGAGUGUCAAAAAGAUGACCAUCACCAUUGCUGUAAAGUGACUUUGUCUGUUCAGAAGGCCUCACCGAUAUGUUUGACAUUGGAGGCCCCAAAAAUCAUUAAGGUUGGAAGAAUGCGCAUGAAAAAGAAGAAAAAAAAGAAAAAGAAAGCUAAAGACAUGAUGAGAAACAAAGAGCAGCCACAACUAAUAGGACAUCAACCCAGUCUCUCAACCUUUUCCAGGUUUGACUUCCAGCAUACUUCUCUAUUGAAGAAAAAAGUGAAACACAAGAAACGCAAGUCGGAUAAAAGAUCCUUAACUAGAGAGGAGUCUAGCCCAAAGAAAAGAAAAACGUCUCCUCGUCUUCCUGCUGAGCCCAGAUUUCAGCUUGUGUGCACAAAUCUUGAUGAACUCAGGGAGUUAAUUAGUAAAACAGAGUCUGAACUUAAAGAAGUUGAAAGCAGCAGGAAAAAAUCUGGAAAGUGGUACUUGAAGAAACAAGCAGUAAAAGAAUUGCACAGUACACUCGUGAGGCUGCUAAAUGAGCUGUUACCAUGGGAACCAAAGCUGAUUAAGGCCUACCAAAGAAACAGGGCUCGACUGAAGAAAGACUUUGAUGAUUUUAGGAGGCUACCUGAUUAUGAUAACUUUAUUAGAGAAAUUAUAACUGGAAAUGAAGCAGAAGCAGAUCUAAGCAAAGACAUCUUUUUUCUGGAAGACAGCAGCCCUAAUCAGCUUGAAGAAAUGAAGAUGAACUAUGUUGGAAUUGAAGAUAGAAGACUACAGAUAAUGGACGUACUGCCAGGAAGAAACAGAUUAUUAAAGCGAGAAGCUGUGUGUAAUGACAGUCUUAAAAUAUCUCCCAGAAAUUCCAAACGCAGACAGAGUGGUAGCACAGAUGAACAAAUAACAACAAAGAGGAGGGUCUGUCUUGGUGCAUUCGAAGAUCAAAUUUCAGUUGGACAACAAGAGGAGGGAGAACUUAAAGUGAUGCCAGCUGUGGAGCCUUUAGCUACAGAUUCUUCCAAAGGUUUGUCUACAGCAGUGUAUCAAAAAGGGACCAAGCCCAUACAAGCUUUACUGGCUAAGAAUGUUGGGAAUAAAGUGACGUUAAUUAGCCACUUGCCAGCAAUGCCCAAUGUAGCAUCUAACAAAGUAACUAUUGUGUCCCAGCCAAAACCUUACACAUCUAGUCAAGCCACUGGCACAAAUCCCUCCCUCGGGCUCUGCAGGACCCAAGCAGAGUCUUUGGAUCUUCCCAGAAAACUGACUGAUUCUGUUUUAUCUGGACGGUACUCGAACCUUGAUCAGAAAAAAGAACACACAGACUCGCAAGAAGUGAUUAUUCUGUCAGCUAACUCUCUCUGCCAGGUAUUGCAUAAAACCGAUUCAAGGCAGCAUCAAAGCCAAGUUCACUCAACAUCUAAAACUUCCAGUAUUGUCAGUCCAAUGGAUACCAUUGCUCUUUGUCAUCAUGGUGAUCAGGGCAAGAUCCCUGUACAGCAAGUGGCCCCACUGAAUGAUGUCGUAAGUAGGAACGCCCAUGAAUCUAUCACAACAGUAUCCUCGUUUGUAAAGUUAUCUCAACAUGAACAAAUGGCAUCUUCUCCAAAAACAAGUGAUUACAACUCUAGUUUGUCUCCCAAAAUGCUCCAAGGCCAGUCUACAUCCCCAAAUCUUAUGUCAAGAAGAGGGUCAUCGGGAAGUGCCCUUUCGGUAGAGGAAUCUGAAACAUACACCUCUAAGCAAGAGCUUAAGACAGUGUGCAUUCGUGAUUCUCAGUCUAUUUUGGUUACUACUCGUGGUGGGAAUACAGGUGUAGUUAAGGUACAGACCAACCCUGAUGGCUUGGCACCAGGCAGUGUACCUUCUAGCCCUGUUUUUACUUUCCCUCCACAUUUUCAGGCUUUACUUGUUCCUAAACCAGCAGUUUCCUCAUCUGCUGCCGCCACUACAAUGUGUCCAGCUGCUUUGUCUAUAAACAGUAAAACACAUUCUUUGGGAAAUUCUGUCACUGACCCUUCCCAGCUUACUUCCAAUGUCUCUGUACCAAAUAAGUCAGUUGACAGUAAUGCCAGUUUAACUUUGAAACAAUCCAAAAAGUUAAUAAUGUCAACCCAGAAAAUGACAAGUAAUAGAGUUCUUCCAACUACCAGCCUCACUUCUGCACAACCCAGCACUCAGCACAAUAUAAUCAAUAUUGCUGCUGGCUCUGUGGCCACCUUGUCUGCAACCACCCUUCCAAAAACCAAUGUGGCAUCUACUCAGACAUCAUUACCAUCGUAUGUAACUACACAAAAUGUUCCUCAGGCAGAAAGUAUGGUGAUAGACAAAGCGCCACUGCAGAAAGUUAUUAUCGUCUCUUCUCCUUCUGUUAUUAGUCCCAGUGGCUCCACUGUCAAAGUCAAUGCAUCAGUUUCUUCAGCCUCGUUCCACAAUCAGAACCUGGUCCUGAUAUCCUCCAGUUCAAGUGCAGGAACUCAGCCAUUUAGUGCUCCUCCUAUUUCAACUAAUGCUAAUACUUCAGCGGAGGUGCCAGCUGCCUCACGUGUUGUCAUGCCCACAGUGUCUCAAAUCAGGGAUGUAAAAAUUGGACUUAACAUUGGUCAAGCAAUUAUCAAUACUGUUCCUAACAAUCUGCAGAAGGUCCAGGUGAUCAACUUGAUGCCAAGUUUGACUGCCAAAUUAAGGGAAGAGACCCUGAGCCAUAACAGGCAGAGUAAUGUUUCUGUACCUUUGGAGGAAUCGAGUGUGAAAAAAAUGUGUGUUUUACCUAACACAACUGUAUUUAACACAGCGGCAUCACAGGGCCCACUUUCCUUUACUGGCAGUAAUUUUGUUCCAAAUAACAAUCAAUGCGGUGUGCUGGAAAGUGAGAAAAAAGUGUCUCAUUCCACAGUUAUAACUGGCCAUCUGGCAUCAUCAGUUCUUAUAGCAACAUCUCCGAUGCAGCCUGCUGCACCUGUACUCCCAGGGGUUUCAGUUCUGGGAGACUCUUCAAGCACACAAACCAAUCAGAUAAAGUGCCCAUCCCAGACACCUGGCACCAGCAUAAGUGGCAUUCCACCAAAUGAAGCAGUCACUAGCGCCAACACGCAGGUACAAAGCACUGCGUUCCUAAGCCCAACUACAAGCUUUCUAAAACCCUCUGUCUCAACAUGUACUGCGUCCCAUGCAGACACUGGCACAUCCUUUUGUUUGCCUUCAAGCCCACUACAGUUUCCAUGCACUGCAUCUAAAGUCACUCCAGCUUUCAACUCCAUUUGUGUUCCCAAAGCUGCAAUGAAUGCUACAUCGGCAAACGUUUUAAAUGAUUCUUCAGUACAGCAGAAGAUUGUGAUUAAUACCACCAUGCCUUUAGCUCCUGGCACUCAGAUUCUGAUAAACAACAACCGAUUUAUUGUCCCUCCUCAAGGCCUUGGACCUGGCAGCCACAUACUUGUUAUUUCAGGCUCUGGAGUGACCCCUGCUGCAAACACAGCUACUGUCCCUCAGGUGGCAGCACCUGGAAAUUUAUCUGGUCAAAAGACAUUGACCACCACCGCUGGGUCAGCCUAUCCCCCUGUAGUCCCACCAGUCAUUGUAAACCCAAGGAUGCUGCUUUCCAGCAUUGUACCAGUUUCAAAUGUUCUGAACAAAACACAGCCACUGCCAAAUGGAAACACAGUGAUGCAGUCCUUUACCACUAAGCUGCCAUCUCAAGUAGGUAUGACUGUUGGAAGGACAUCAAUCUUACCCGUUGGGAGUAAUGUUUUACCGACGGGAAAAUCCACACCUGGAACACAAGCUUCCCAAAUGACAGCUGCUGUUGCCCAACAGAAAAUACCAUCUUUGGCACAGUUACCUGAAAGUAAAGGGUUGCCAGUUGCUGCAGUGCAGGCACUUGGUAAUGUUAUUAAAAUCUCCUCCUCUGCACCACUCCCCAUAACCUCCUCACCAAGCACUAAAAAAACUCCUACAGAAGGCCUUGCUGUGACUACUUCCAUUGCCAAACCACAAACUUCAGUCCAUCCAGGUGGUAGUGUUUCACGUUCCCUGACUUUUCCUACAGCAACUGUGCUGCCAAUGAGCACCAGUGGUAGAACGCAGGCUUUGCCAGUAGCUACUGUACCACCAAUAGGCAGUGCAGUUACUAAACCACUGGUCUCUCCUAUGACAACUGUGCCCCCAACUGCCAGUGCACUUAUAAUGGCACCUGGUCUACAGCCUACAGCUAAAUUGUCAGAUCCAUUGAAGAUGGCUGUACCAUUCUCGGGAGUCUCAAGCAAGCCUAUGCAUUUUUCAAAUUCAGUGCUUCUAAAAGAUCCCUCUGCCAACAAAUUGAUGGUCAGUCCCGAAGGAGCCAUUCUUAAUACCAUUAGUUCUCAUGCAUUGCCUAAACCAAUGGCCACUGUGAUGGUGACUCCAAGUUCUAGCACUGAAGGGGUAAUUACUGCGUUCAAGGCUGUUGAUCUACCUUCUGUGGUCACUGAUACAGAAGGACCCCAAGUUUAAAGUUGGCUUGACUGAUAUUGGCAUAUAAAGAGACUGUCUGUAAUCCAGUACAAAUUUCAAUACAAAAUCAGUUUACCAACUGACUGCUUUCAUACAUGUCAGUGUUCAUUUACAAACUGCACUUUGUGAUAGAAUUGUUUUGUAACAAAAAAAUGCUACUUUUGCAUUUUCAAGCCUACGUGGUGGCAGUGUGUUCCAUCCCUAAGGUAAAUACUUAAAGCACUUAGGGGAAACUCUUCUUCUUUUUUUAUAUAAAUAAAGCUGUCAGCUUGUCAUUUUAGAAUGAUAACAAGCUGCUUUGUGGAGAGAUUGUGCAUCGUUAACGCUGCAUUCAUUGGUGAAUAUCUUUAAUAUGGUAAGAGCAGACUUCGGUCCUUCAUACACAUGAAGUUAAAAAGUGCAUACCUGUAUAUUGGUUGGAAUGGCAUAGGAUUGGAUGACCAAAAUGUGUGUUGUGUUGUUGCUUAUUUUUUCUGUGUAUUAUUUGUGGUUAAAGAACUGAGUAAUAUAAUGCUGGUCAUUAUUGAUAGACUUUAUAAAUACCUCCUGUUUGCUUUUUUCCUUCCCAAAUUUUACAACUUGUGAUAUAAGCAGAAAUCCAAACUUCCAUAAAUCUUCUUUAUUAGGUUAUUUCACAUUGUAAAACUUUCAAGUGCCAGUGGUAAUGGUGCCUGAUUUUGUUCAAUUUCUAAGCCUGCUGUGAGUUUUUAUUUCACUGGCUUUGAGCGGUCGACACCAGUGACUGUUGGAUUUCACACAGGGGGGUUUAUUUAUCGUACACAUUUUUGCUGAACUCUUUCAUUAAACAAUGUUUGUUUGUUUUUAA